CCUUUGAGAUAUAAAUUUAACAAACCAAAACGUUUCCAUGAUACCCGACCUUAUUUGGAAUUUAUUUUUAAAGCCCUGCCCUAAUUUUUCAUUUAAUAAUCACAAUAAUAAUAAUAAUAAUAAUAAUAAUAAAUAAUAAUAAAAAAGCAAGACAACCUACCCUACCUAAUGUUUUUUUUGUGCUUUUCUGGAAACGCACAUUUAUGAAGGUCUUAUCACAAUAAACUGAAUUAAUAUUUAUAAAUAAUUUGCUUCUUUCAGGUCAAUAUGGAAAAAAAAAAAAAAAAAAAUCAGUUGUUUUCACGCCUACAAUUGACAUUAUGCUUCUUAGAGAAGUGAAUGUGAAUGUCCCGUUCAGUGACCCUGUGAAAUGGAAUGCUGUUGCUGAAGCAUUGAAUGCUGCAUUAAAUCCAGAAAAAGCAAUCACGUCCAGGACAGUGCGAGAAAGAACAAAGGCUAAUGGACAAACACAGAGCGGAUGAACUGCAAUCUGUUAAAAAGUCUGGUACUGAUGAGGAAUACGGAGAGCGUGAACUCCUUCUGACUGAGAUAUUGCAGCUGGAAAAAGAAGCUGAGAUAAAGAUACAUGAGAACAAGAUAAAGAAUAAAGAUGACGUGAAGACGUUGUCCAAAACCAAGGAGGAUACUGAAGGAGGCGAGUUCAUAAGGAAACGAGCAAUGGAAAGUGUAACACAAAUCAGUGAUGAUUCUGAUGUUGAUAACGGUGGUGAACUAAAGCAGCCCAAGAAGAAAAGAAAACGUAAAGAGGACCCGUUGCUAGAAUUGAUGCGCGCAAAGCUUGAUUUGGAGGCAAAACGUGAAGAGAGAUUGGAGCGCGAGCUGCAAGAAAGGGCCAAAGAGAGGCAAGAGAGAAAUGAACUGAUGAAGAUGUUAAUGGAAUACAAACGCUGAUGGUCAACAAAUAUCAAAAUGUGGGUUUUAAUCAAGUUAAUUUCAAAUCAUCAAUGAA